AGCAUGACAGACACUGGCUAACUUAAAAAUAUCAUCAAUUGUCCUUGCACAAGGUUCAUCUCUUGACACUGCCCCAACCCCGGCGCUUCUGCCUCCCUACCAUUCCACCAUAAGGCUGAGGUUAUUUUUUGCCCGUGUUUGGCAUGAUAUUUCAACGUCCACUGUUCCCCGGUUUUCUUCCUGCCUGUCAUCUUCUCUCCACAUUUAUCAAUUCCUCAAAUUAAACGCUGCAAACAAUUCGGGUACUAGUUACCGAGGUCCGCUCCCCAGUUCUCUUGAGUGAUAAAUCAGCACGCGCAACAAAAAUGCCUUUGCGAGAGAUACUUCACAAGAAGGACAGAAUCAACGACACCGGUGACCAAUAUGCGGCUGGUGUCCCUUCCUCGUUUCUGAGCCCGGUGCCUCAAAUUAUUCGAUCCGAUACCACCUCCCAAGAAGUCGUCACCCCACCCCUCUAUGACGGCGAUGAUGUCUACCACCAUCAGAACACACAUCUCGAGGUGUCGCCGCCUAGCUCUUCGUCGCGCCGUCGGUCACUGAAUCCAUUCAGUCGUUCGAGAGCGCCAUCUGAGUCCCUAGGAUCUCCGCCGUCUCAACCGCGCGAAAGAAGGCUGUCGCAAUUGCUCCAUCGUGAUCGGGGUAGCUCGCGGAAUUCUAUCGCUACCUCAACCAAUAUCCCGUCAGACCUUCCGCAGAUAAAUAAUGUGAAAGGCGAUGAGCAGGAGAGAGAAGCUCAAUGGGAGAAACGAGCAACGGUCUUAGUGCAGCGCAAUCCGAACCUUGGAUCUCCGUUAUCACCUACUUCGCCGGGCUUUGGAAGAAAUAGUAUAGAUUCGCGGUCAAGGAGCUCUAGUCGAAGUGGUUUGAGUGACCCUCAAGGAGAUGUGAACAUCCAAGAAGCGAUUCGGCUCCAUGAAGCUGGAGAACUGGAGAAGUCAACGGAGAUGUUUCGUCGGUUGGCAGAUCCCAACGGCGCAAACAAUGCACUGAGUCAAGUACUAUAUGGCCUCGCACUAAGGCAUGGAUGGGGAUGCCCCAAAUCGGAAGAACAGGCGGUGACCUAUCUCUCGGCUGCGGCAUCUAAUUCGGCAUUGAUUGAGUCCCAGGCUCUCCAAGCAGGCAUCAAAAAGGGCGGUGCAGCUAAGGGAGAAUUGGUCCUUGCUAUUUUUGAGUUGGGUAACUGCUUCCGCAACGGCUGGGGAGUCAAGAAAGACCCUGCGGCUGCGCGACAGUACUUCGAAACGGCCGCGAAUCUAGGUGACACUGACGCCAUGAAUGAGGUCGCGUGGUGUUACCUAGAGGGUUUUGGCGGGAAAAAAGAUAAGUUCGCGGCUGCUAAAUAUUACCGAUUGGCCGAACAGAAAGGAAGUAAAUUAGUUGGGAAUUCUUGCUGCGCCAUGCAAACCGCUCUCACGCCUACAACCAACCACAAUGCCCACCCCUACCUACCUACGGAUUGUCCGAAUUUUAGGCUGACAUGCUCGCUACUCGCAUUACAGGAUAUGGAAAGAGAAGUACGAUCCCAAGUGAGCCGAAUGCUCCCGGUACCUUACAGCCUCGUUCCACCAAGAAACCCCGUCUAUGGGCCCGUCUCUUUGCUCAUCAGAUGACUCUCGACUACAUAACCGGAGAUAGAGUUAUCGCUCAGCUACCGAGGUCAGCCAGCCAAACGUCUUCACUCAUAGGACGAGGGGGGAGAUCAUCGCCCUGAUGAUUGGGGUAGCCUAUAGGGGAGCACGCUGCACACCUACCUUUCACUUCAUUGCUAUUCACGAUCCAUCCUGUGUACCACAAAUGGAACGUGCUAAUAUGAUCUAACCUUUAACCAAGUGACUUGGAACGAAUGUUGAUGACCCAAUGCCAGCCUCAUUUUGAUGGCAACCCAAUCUAUACCAUCGGUACUUUUGCUUAGUGUGUAUUUCUCAUUUUUUUUUUAUUUCACUUUAUUUGGUUUGUCAUUUUUGAUUCCCUCUUUUAAUUAGUUGAUGUAAUAUUGACCACGGUACUUUGCUAUAUUUGUCAAUCUACUGUUGCUUCUCUCGCAUUUGGAUGCCUUGUGUCCUUACCGCGUCCAUUAGUUGUAUGACCUGUUGCUGGUGGGCUUAUGACUAAGUGACAGUUUGAGUAUGCAUUUUGAGUUCUUGCUCUGAGGGAUACUUCACGCUUUUCUAUUUGAGACUAUGAAUAGAUGCUAGGAAUUCGGUGUGAAACUAUCCAUCUAUAUAUAUCCGUGCUGUACAUGAUCUCUAGAAAGUAAAAAGUAAUGUGUAUAGGUUGAAAUUCAAAAGACUCAUAGUGAUCGGAUUAAAGGUAGGUGAGGUUCAUGUAUGGCUACA